AUGAACUUUAUGAAUACUCACUCAUAAUUUAACAUAUAGAGAAAAACUAUUCCUCGACCAACAAUAUCGAGAUAAUUUACAAGAGAAAAAAGUUAAACCAAUUUUAACCCAACAACUCCAUCAGUAAGUUACUUAUAUUUAUCAUUUAGACAAAAUUUCGUAUUACAAAUAGCAUUCAGCAAAUAAAUAGAGAUAAAAUUUAGAAGGUAAGUGGGAACUAUUUUAAUUAAAAUGAUGAUACUACUGGGAGCACAAAAAUGUCAAAAGGAAUGACUUAGUAAUUAUUAAAAAAGCAUGAAAUCGAAUUUAAGCAAUCAUGGUUUGAAUAGGAAGACAGAGAAGAAGAAAUGUAAUUCGCUCUUCUCCUCUAAACUCUUGAUAAGAUCUUAUGA